CAGUAUUGAUGUUGGAGUGAUGAACAUGGAGCAUUCGACAUUCCCCCGCAUUAGCAGUUUCUCCGCGGAGACAAUUAAGUCUAUGGUCCUAGCAGACAGUUUAUGCAGAAGUGGUGGCAGUUCAGAUUUUGAGUUCGGCAAGAGUCAGCUUCGCAACGCCUCUGGCAUAUGUUACUCAUGGGCAUAUGAAUCAUUCAGUGCUUGCUGUGGAGGUAUUGGCAGCAGUUUGCCGGGCCUAUGGGAAAUUUCAGUCUCUUUUUCACGAGCACUUGGAGUUCAUAUGAAGGCUGCAGGAGCACUAUUCUUCGCCGUUGCUGAGUUCGAAAUGAUGAGCAGCAGACACGAGGCUAACCAUGCAGGAAGCAUUGCAUCGGUGCUAGCGAAAAUAAUCGAGCCAUUCACAAAUGGAUACUGCUACGAUGCAGGGAGAGACAUCAACAUGGCGUGGCUUGGUAAAAAAACAACCUUUCCGUACAUUAGCGGUCAAUGGCAUUCUGCGAGAAAAAUAAUUAACCUUGCAAAUAGAUAAGACAACGCAUUACCUUGCAAAAUUUUAAAAAUUAAGGGAUUUGGCCAAAAAAUGCAAUACACUAUAAAUUGUUGCAGGUACUACAGUAGGA